GUAACAAACAUAUCAAUGGGAAAAAGUAAAAAUAAAUACUAUAGAUAUACCCAAGAAAAAUUACUAGAUAGAAUAGAUACUAUGGAGAGUAAUAAAGACGAAGCCAUUCGCUGCAUUGAAAUAUCAAAAAAAUACAAAACUAAUAAAGAAUACUAUCAAGCUUGGAAAUUUGCUUUAAAGUCUAUUAAGCUUUUUCCAAUGUCAGAAAAUAAAAGUUUGAUGGUGGAUUUAAAUUCUCUUGCAGAAAAACUGAAACAAAAAUCUUCAAAACGAAAAGAAUCAGAUUCAAAUAACACUAAUUCAAAUUCUGGAAAAGGCACAUCUUCAAAUACAAGUAAUAAUAAUAGUACAUCAGAACCUGUAAACAAAAAAUAUAACCAUGGCAACCCAAAAAGUACAUCUAAAAUGUUUAAAGAAAUGAACAAGGAUGAGUCUUACAGAUGUAUUGAAAAAGCAGAAACUUAUCUAAAACUUAGUCAAUUUGAUAAGGCAGAAAAAUUUUUGCUUAAGUCAAAAAAGCUUUUUCCUCUUCCGAAAGCUGAAGAACUAGUUGAUAAACUUAAAUUACUUAAAGAAGAACUAAAUAAACCAAAAUAUACACAAGAGCAAGCAGAGAUUGUAAAAAAACUAAAGAAUAGUAAAACCUAUUACACCAUGUUAAGCAUUGAAAAAACUGCAACAGAAAAUGAAAUCAAAAAGGCCUACAAGAAAUUAGCAUUAUUGGUACACCCUGAUAAAAAUGCUGCUCCUGGUGCCAAAGAAGUGUUUGUUGAUGUUGGGAAUGCAGUUAAAACCUUGUGUAAUAGUGCACAACGUAACAUUUAUGAUUCAAAUAUAGAACAGUCAUCAAACUCAACUACUAACAAAGGUACCCAAAGAAAACGAAACCCGAGAAAAAGCAAAUCAUCUCGUCGUUCUCGUCGAUCUCAAACAUACAGUACUCAUAACUAUUACUCUGAAAAUCCUCAGCAUGCAGAAUAUCAUUUCAAUGACUAUAGUUAUGAUGACAAUUAUGACUACUACAAUAGCUAUGAAGAUUACAUAGAUGAUUAUACAUUUGAUUAUGAUUAUUAUGGUGCAUUUGAUUUUUGUCUAAAUAAAACAACUAUGGAGGUAAAUAAGGAUGAAGCAUACCGUUGUCUCGACCGUGCUGAUUAUUACCUUAGUGAAGGCAAUGUUGAAAAAGCGGAAAAAUUUAUAAACAAGAGUAAAAAAUUAUUUCCAACGCUUGAAGCUGAAGAACUAUUGAGGAAACUGAAAGUUCAAAAAUCAAAAAAUUAUUCAUCGGCCAAUACAAAUAAAGCAGAUGAAGCAAAGUCUAAAAGGCCAAAAAAUACUCCACCAGGUAGUCCCAAAGGGGAAAAGAAUCAACCAUCUUACACCAAAGCACAGCAGGACAUAGUUAAAAGAAUAAAGCAAUGCAAGGAUUUUUAUGAUGUGCUAAAAAUUCCAAAGGAUGCUACUGAUACUGACAUAAAAAAAGCUUAUAAAAAAUUGGCACUAUUAUUACAUCCAGACAAAAACAAUGCACCUGGAGCAGCCGAAGCAUUUAAAACGGUGGGUAAUGCAGUUGCUACUUUGACUGAUCCUGAAAAACGUAAACGCUAUGAUAUGGUAGGUCAUGAGCAGCAUGGUACUUCAGAUCACAUGCAUAGGACUUUUGACCAUGGAUUUGAAUCUGAUAUAACUGCAGAACAGCUUUUUAAUAUGUUCUUUAACGGAGCUUUUCCAACACGCCAAGGACCAAUGUCCAAUCCAUAUUACACACGUUCGUAUUCUAGACGUUGGCCACCUGAAUCUGACAAUGAUAAUCAUAACCAACAACAAGAAUCAUCUAGUAUAUACUUUCAAUUACUACCAAUACUUUUACUACUCUUGCUGUCGUUAUUUUCAAAUUUUUCUUAUGAUCCCGUGUACAGCUUAAAACCUUCCUCAAAAUACUCAGUUCUUCGGCACACAUCAUACAGAGACAUUACAUAUUAUGUGAAAGAUAAUUUUCACACCGAUUAUACAGGGGAUUUGAGACGUUUAGAAAACACUAUUGAAGAAGAUUAUAUCAAUGCUGUACGGUCUAAAUGCAUUCGGGAAAAAGAAUAUUAUGAAUCACUAAUGUGGAGAGCACGUUUUAAUGAUGACGCGUCAUUGUUUAAUCAAGCGUCAAAGUAUCAAAUGAGAUCUUGCGAAGAAUAUCAGGAAUUGAUGAAAAAAAAAUAUAAAUAGACAAUUAUGUUUAUACAAUUUAUCAAUUUUUGUUUUUUUGUAAAUAUUUUGAUUCAAGUGUGAUUUUCUGUUUUAAACACAUAAGGUGUUAGUGAUGGUAUUUGCAUUAAAAUUAAAAUUAAUUCUCUUUUAGACUAAGAAAUUAGUCAAUAAAUUAUGCUUGUAUAGUACUAUUAUUCUUUUCGUCUAUCUAAAAUAUUUAAUAGAAAAUACAUUUGGUAAUUGGAAAUUUGUUAAAAUAAAAAAAUGUAUCGCUGAAAAGUUAAAUGCUUUUUAACAGAUCAAAAUUUCAUAUUUUUAGUUUUUGUUAACUGCAUUUAUUUUAUUGUUACUAUUUACAAUUUUUACAAUUUGCAAUACAAAUUGGGUAGUUUAGAUGCGUUUAUAGAAAAGCACUUGGAAUGCUGUGGAAAAGCGUUUAUGUCAGUACGUUGUUUAGAUUAGUUACUCUAAGAGCCAUUUAAUGACAGCUGUGGCUCUUAAUUUUAGGCUAUUGGCAUUCCUGUUUUAUUUAUAGGUCUGUGAUAAAACAAAAAAAGAGAUUUUUGACUUGUGUGCUUUUUAACAGGAACUCCUAAUUUGUAUUUUGAGUGAAUAUUAUAAUAUGUACUUGUUAGUCUUAUACUUUUUUUUUAAUGCUAUACCGAAAA